ACACUCACUCCGGCUCUGAAAGCCACCCCUCAACAACAGGCAGGACCUGCUCCCACACAAAGCUCAGCUUGCAGCACAGCAAAGAGACAAUGAGAAGCAGGGUGUGGUUUCCUCUAACGGGGCUGCUGGCUUGGCUAUGCUGCCUUCGUCUGGGGCCCGUUCAGGGGGAGAAGGUGCUGGUUAUGUCUGUGGACGGCAGCCACUGGCUCAGCAUGAAGAUUCUGGUGAAGGAGCUCGGCCGCAGAGGCCACGAUGUCACGGUGCUGGUGCCUGAAAGCAGCAUGUUGAUCCAAGGUUCUGACAGCUACAAGACGGAGGUCUACAAAGUGCCAUUUACUCAAGCUGAACUGGAUGAGCACUUCAGCAAGUUCARGGAAGGACUGUUUGACCAGCAUUCAGGAUUAGGAGACUUAUUUGUGAAUGUGGGCCGUUUGGUGAAGUAUAUGUCUCUACAGUCGGUGGUCUGUGAUGCUUUACUGCACAAUGAGCCUUGGAUGAAUAAACUCAGGGUAGAGAGAUUUGAUAUGAUGCUUACAGAUCCCUUCCUUCCCUGUGGUUCUAUCMURGCUCAUAWKUUUUCCAUUCCUGCUGUGUAUAUUAUGCRUKKGMUUCCCUGUGACCUGGAUAUCAAAGCUAACAAGUGUCCCUCUCCUGUKUCCUACGUUCCUAAGUYUUWCUCUGGUAACACAGACCRUAUGAGCUUCCCAGARAGGGUUAAAAACAUGAUGAUGUCUUUUUUGGAGUCGUACCUAUGCACGUCCAUGUACCAACACUUUGAUGAGCUGGUUAGCAAGCACAUCCAAGACGGCAUGUCGUACAAAGAACUAAUAAGUGAAGGAGCUAUCUGGCUCCUCAGAUAUGACUUUGUUUUUGACUGGCCCAAACCUCUCAUGCCAAACAUGGUUCUAAUAGGAGGGAUCAACUGUGCAAAGACGGCUCCUCUUCCAGCUGACCUGAUGGAAUUUGUAGAUGCUUCAGGAGACGAUGGCUUCAUUGUCUUUACGCUGGGCACAUUUGUGUCCGACGUGCCUGAAGCUAAAGCCAAGCAGUUCUUUGAUGCCUUUCGACAAAUUCCUCAGAGGGUAAAUAAUACUGGUUCCUAUUUUUGAGAAUUUAGAUAUAUU